AUGGGGUUUGAAAACUAUUUCUCUUUUCAGAUUUUCUUUAUAUUUCUCAGGGAAUCGUUGGAGAUUGUUGUGAUCAUCUCCAUCCUGUUAACCAUUGUGAGGCAAGCGCUAUCUAUCAGUGACGAUGAAGACGACAGUUUGACGAGCAGCAGCGGCCCCGGAUCAGCUGCGCAGAGCAUGCCGCUUACAUUAGAGGAAGAAGAAGAAGUAUAUGAGUUUUCUGAGCAGUUGCGACAACAGAAUCAGGACCAAACUCAAACUCAUACUAAUGCCGUUGAAAAUUCAAAACUUUACUCUAAGCUUAAAGUUCAAAUUAUCUCAGGCGGUGCUCUUGGGUUGCUGAUAUGCUUAGUUAUCGGUGGCGCCUUUAUCGUAGUUUUUUAUCAUAUCGGUACUGACCUGUGGUCUGCCAGUGAGCAUUAUUAUGAGGGUGCACUGAGUUUAAUAGCCUCGGUAAUCAUCUCAGUUAUGGGUUUGUUCUUUUUAAGGAUGGGUAAGCUAAGAGAAAAAUUCAGAAUUAAACUUGCUUCCAUCAUCUAUUCGGAUAAGAAUAUGUUGAAAAAUGUAAAUGGUAGCAAAGCUGCUAAGUUCAGUGAGAGAUAUGCAUUUUUCAUUCUUCCUUUCAUCACGGCACUCAGAGAAGGUUUGGAGGCAGUUGUGUUUAUUGGUGGAGUUGGUCUUGAUCAACCACUAUCGUCAAUUCCUUUAUCAAUGGCAUCUGCUGCCAUUAUUAGCGGAUUUUUUGGAUACUUUUUUUUCAGAUAUUCGGGGUCUCUUUCAUUGAAGAUAUGUUUGGUUGUUGCAACCUGCUUUUUGUAUUUAAUCGCGGCUGGGUUAUUUUCAAAAGGUGUUUGGCAGCUUGAGGUUCAAGAUUAUGUCAACAAGUGUAAUGGGCAAGAUAUGGCUGAAGUUGGAAACGGACCAGGUUCCUAUGAUAUUUCAAGAUCUGUAUGGCAUGUCAAUUGUUGCAAUGGGGAAAGAGAUGGACUUUGGAUGAUCUUGACAGCAAUUUUCGGAUGGACCAACAGUGCAACUUAUGGAUCUGUGAUCAGCUACAAUUUAUAUUGGCUAGCGAUAAUCAUUGUCAUUAGGGUUUUGAAAACUGAGGAGCACGGUUACAUAUCACAUCUACCUCUAUUCAUGCAAAAGAGGCGUUUGUUAAAAAGACUUAAUAUCGCAAAAGCCUCCUUGGAGUUGAAAUCAUCUUCGGCAAAGCAUAUUUCUUCUCCUCUCUCAGCGCCCAGAAAUUCUGAGGAUAGUUCCACACCGUUAGUCAACGGUCAAAUAGAACCUAGUUACGCGCUUGCUUCUGCAUAA